AUAGACAGAUAUAGACAGACAGACAGAUAUAGACAUACAGACAGACAGAUAUAGAUAGACAUACAGACAGACAGACAGACAUACAGAUAUAGACAGACAGACAGACAGACAUACAGAUAUAGACAGAUAGAUAUAGACAGACAGACUGACAGACAGAUAUAGACAGACAGACAGACAGACAGAUAUAGACAGACAGAUAUAGACAGACAGACAGACAGACAGAUAUAGACAGACAGAUAUAGACAGACAGAUAUAGACAGACAGACUGACAGACAGAUAUAGACAGACAGAUAUAGACAGACAGACAGACAGACAGACAGAUAUAGACAGACAGAUACAGACAGACAGACAGACAGACAGAUGUGCAUGUCCCUUUAAAUGAGCGCAACAGCAGCACAGAGGCAUUGUGGGGGAACUCUUGAGCCAAUCAUAUUUCUCCGUGGACGGUUUAACUUUGCCUAUAGAAGUUGAAAGAUACCUAUUGUUUGUUUGUUUUGUUGUUGUUAUCAAUAACAUUAAAUGAAAGAAUCUUUAGUUACCUAAAAUGCGAACAUAGCAGGUUUUAUACGAGACUGUGCGGUGCGUUUACUGUAGUUUAUUCUCGUUUGAAGAGCUCUUGGGAACGCGUUGCUAUGACGACGCCAUGGCCGAUCUCAAGCAGCUAGAAGAUCUGCGGAGACAGAACAAACGUUUACUGGAAAAACUCACGAAACAAGCCGCAAAGCUUCAUGAAUCGAAGCUGUCGCGCCCGGAUGAGGGGAUCGCGGGUCAAAGCUCCGUGUGUGAAGCGUUUACCGGAUGCAGCGGCCAAUGCCGAGCGCCUUUAGCGGAGAGAAAUCGAGAUCCGACGGUGACGGGACGCGCGAGCGAGGCGCGAGCUUCAUAUAAACCAAAAACAAAGCUAGAAACCUUUAAAACACCCGGUGAGCGGUUUGAUGGAGAUGGUAAAGUCCCCAUGUCAGAUCAACAUAAACACAACCACACUUCAGCCCUGACCGCCUACAGCAAACUGCUACAGGACACGGGGAACAGCCGCUUGCAGGGCCACAGGAGAACCAUGAGACCGAUACUGCCCAAAACAGCACCUCUUACACAGGAUAAAAUGCAGAGAGAUCUGGAAAGUACAACGUCUUUGUCCCCUGAGCAGGAGAAUCACACUUCAUCAGAUAGACAACGCAUACAGCCUUUACUGGGCUAUGAUUGGAUAGCAGGCUUGGUUGAUAUAGAGAGUUCCCUUUCUGAACGCCCUGAGCACUUCUUCAGUGAACUGCAAAGCUUCCGACAGGUCAACCGAGACGAGUGUGUCCACAGCUUACUGUCAGGACCUCCACUUGCUGCUGAUCUUGCGUCUUCUACAGUUAAAGGCGAAGAGCAUCAAGAGCCUGCAGAUAUGCAUCAGUGUACAUUUUGCUACAGAAUUAACAGUCGCUUAUUUGCAACCCCACUAAACCCACAAGCUGCAUGUCCAGUGUGCAAGAUGCCCAAAUCAAAUCACCCCUGUACUGAUGCAGAGCCAGCUAUCAUCAGGGUCAGUAUUCCUCGCUCCACUCUGUUGCCGUCAUACAAAUACAAUGCCCAUCGUCGCAGCAGUUUUGACCCCUCUGACAGUCUGGGUUUACCCUCACACUGUUUGUCUGGGUGGUCUAAUUCAACCCUGAACUCUGGCUCUCUGAUGAGCAGUCUAGAUCUACGGGGUUCCCUGGCAAAACCAGCAGCCGGGUCAACCCAGUCCUUUUCAAACAAUAAACUGGACUCAUCUUUGUUCAUGCAGUCAAGACACCAGCGUUCAAAUCAGCACUUUAAGGUGUCACGUUUACCACUGUAUCACUUUCAGCAUUUGGACACAGAGAUGCAAGAGAGCCACUGCAGUCCUGAUACAUCAACAAAUCAUUAAAUGCGUUAAAAAAGUCAAAACUGUGCCACACAUGAAUUGUUGAAAUGAGUGUGAAUAUUAAAUAUGUAUAUGUAAUAAUGAACAGGCAUAUGAACCAUUUUGUAACACAUGAUAUUCAGCUUGUUUUGUUAUAUUUAACACGACCCUUAAAACAGAACAUUGUUUAUAAAAAUAAACUAAUAAAACAUCA